AUGUCAACUCAAUCAGGAAUUACUGUUUCUUCAAAACUUGCAGACGUUUUUAAAAGUAAAUCGUCAUCUACCCCAAUCGUCAUCAAAAUUUCUUCCGCCUCUACUGAAUUGAUCCCUGCUGAGAUUAACAACGAAACAUCAACUACAACUUCUAUCUCAUCAUCAAUUGCUCAAUUAAACAAAUAUUUAUCCCAAACUUUUCCUGAACCAGCUUAUAUUUCUUUUCCCUACGACAGCAGUGAAGGCAAUAAUGAUGGUAAUAGCACUUUAGCGCAAUCGCAACCACAAAAGAUCUUUAUAAGUUUUAUACCAGAUUCAGCUCCCAUUAAACAAAAAAUGUUGUAUGCUUCUACAAAAAAUACAUUAUUAACUAGUUUGGGUUCUUCGCAAUUCGCAUACAAAUUUGCUUGGACCGAACUUGAUGAAGUGACUGAGGAUCACUUGACUCGUUCUAUCAAUGAUGAAAAGAAUGGAGAAAAUAGAGGCGUUAAAGGGUUGAAGACCGAAAAGGAGGAAAUUGUGGAGAAUAUUAACCAACAAUCGUAUUAUGCAAGAACUGGACUUGGAUUCAAACGAGAAUUGGCAAGUAUGAGUUCCAAGACAAGUGGCAGUACAGGUGAUAUCUUGUAUGCAUUUGAUGAGAAAUUAAAAUUAGAGUUUGAAAAUUUAAAGGAGUCGAAACUGGAUGUUGGUAUAGUCGUUAUUUUCAAUAUUAAUAUGGCAAGCGAAGUGAUUGAAUUACAUGAAAAAAUCAAUAAAGUCAACGUGGAUGGAUUGAUUAAUAAAUUGGAGAGCAAUGUUGCACCACUGAAACCAUCGUAUAUCUUAUAUAAAUAUGAACAAAGCAAAGUUGCAUUCAUAUACACCUGUCCUUCUGGAUCGUCAGUGAAAGACCGUAUGGUUUACGCCGCGUCGAAAAAUAGCUUAAUUUCACAUCUUAAAAACGAAUAUUUUAAUGGUGACGAUGUUGUUCUUGAUAAAAAUUUGGAAGUUGGCGAUUUGAAUGAAUUGGAGGUAAGUGAAUUGGAGUCAGACUUUGGAAACGAUGAAAGCAAGCAAAGUAGAGGUGCAACGCCGUCAUCCCAUUCGUCAUCAUCAUUAUCCUCUGCCAAUAACCAGUCAGCAAAUAAUACUGGCCUCCGAUUUAAUAAACCAAAAGGACCACGUCGAAGAUAG